CGAAUUUUUUUUACUGUACAGCAGCGAGCAUGUCUCGAAACCUGCGCCAACAGACGCGCGUCAGUUACGCCGAGCUAGAGCCGCCGGCCGCGGACGAGUAUGUGUUGUGCACGGAAUGCCGCGACUACGUGUACGAGUACUGCUCCAUACACGGCCCGCUGCUUGUAGUGCCCGACGACAAGGAGCUGGUGUGGGAGUGUUCAGUUCGCUGGCGUUGCCCAGUGGGGUGCGCUUCGGCCCCUACCGCGGCGUGCGGGCCAAGGCGGCCACCUCCUUGUAUUGCUGGCAGAUAUACGAUCGUAACGGCAAACGCUCGCACGUAAUAGACGCCGAAGACGAGAACAAUUCCAACUGGAUGCGCUAUGUGAACUGCUCGCGACAUUGGUGCGAGCAGAACCUGGUUGCUUACCAGUACAGGGGCGAGCUGUAUUACAGGACGAUCAAAGCAAUUCCCCGUUUCACGGAGCUGCUGGUGUUCUACGGCGCGCAGUUCGCGAACAUGCUGCGCGUCGACUUACGCGCCUACAACCGCCCCAAGGAGUACGCGCAGAAAUUCGGAGCUCCUCCCAAGAAAACUGCGAAGACCCUAAAAGAGACACCACAUACCGUGUCUUCCAAGGAAGUUGAACUUAAAUUAAAUCAAACCAAACGAGUAAACAGUAACAAUAAAGAAAACCAACAAAAAUGCGAAAAGAAAUCAGAUGAACCAAAAGUAAAGAAACCUAAAAAAUCUUCCAACAAAAAGUACGUACCGCCGAUAAAAAAGACUAAAGAAACUUCAAAUGAACCAAAUAUUCCAAAUAACGAAAACAUCGAAGCCUUUAAAAAUACUUCUAGUGACAAACAGAAUGCUGUUCACGAACCAGUGCCAAAGAAAGCUAAACACACGCAACCAACUACAACGAACACCGAAAACAUAGACGCGAAUAAUAAUUCACAAACCGAUACAAAACAGAUCAAUAUUAAAGUAACCGAAAAUUUCCUUCAAAACGAUCUACUUUGUGAUAUAUGCAAUUAUAAAACACACUCACAAAAAUCUUUGAAGCUUCACUUGAUUUUACACACACAGGACAAAAAUGUAUUGAAGUGUAGCUAUUGUGGAUAUAUGACUAAGGAAAAAUGUAACUUGAUUAGACACUUGAGAUGCCACACGGGUGAUAAAGCAUUUUCGUGCAAGGUUUGUGAUUCCAAAUUUACACGGAGCGGUAUCUUAAAAGAUCACAUGAGAACUCACACGGGUGAUAAACCGUUUUCGUGCAAGGUUUGUGAUUCCAAAUUUACACGGAGCGGUAUCUUAAAAGAUCACAUGAGAACUCACACGGGUGAUAAACCGUUUUCGUGCAAGGUUUGUGAUUCCAAAUUUACACGGAGCGGUAUCUUAAAAGAUCACAUGAGAACUCACACGGGUGAUAAACCGUUUUCGUGCAAGGUUUGUGAUUCCAAAUUUACACGGAGCGAUACCUUAAAAGAUCACAUGAGAACUCACACGGGGGAAAAACCGUUUUCAUGCAAGGUUUGUGAUUCCAAAUUUACAUGGAGCGGUAACUUAAAAGAUCACAUGAAAACUCACACGAGGGAAAAACCAUUUUCGUGCAAGGUUUGUGAUUCCCAAUUUACACAGAGCGGUAGCUUAAAAUAUCACAUGAGAACCCACACGGGGGAAAAACCCUUUUCAUGUAAGAUUUGCGAUUCCAAAUUUACACAGAGCGGUCACUUAAAAAGACACAUGAGAACUCACACGGGGGAAAAACGAUUUUCAUGCAAGGUGUGCAAUUACAAAUGUAUACAAAGCAGUACCUUAAGAACUCACAUGAGAACCCAACACUCUGGUGAGAAAUAUGUUGAAACGCUAUAAAUGUUCACAUAGCAGUAAUACACACAUUCAAGAACUCAUAUUGAUGAGAAUAUAUUAAUUUAAUUUAUUUAUUUUUGCUUUAUUCUUCUCAAAUAUGCCGAGAAGGCAAUUUUAUGUUUUUUAUGAUGUUUUUAUGUAUGUUUUCUAUUAUUGUCGUUACAUUAAGAGGGGUCUCUCCGUCACUCGCUCC